AUGAGGAUCUAUCAACCAACCAUAUUAUUGUUCACCGCCGUCGUCAUCUUACUUUACAUAUCUCCCGUCACGACCGCCACUUAUAGUGGGUCCCGGCAACUUCUUUACGUCCGAGACGACCCAAUAACGAUACCUCCAUACUUAAUAUUCGAAAACGUACGACUAGAGAGAGCUUACGUGGCGUUACAAGCGUGGAAACGGAACAUGAUCUCUGACCCGUGGAACCUAACGUUAAACUGGUUCGGACCCCGUGUGUGUGACUACAACGGAGUUGUAUGCUCUGAAGCCCUCGACGAUCCUUCUAUAAACAAAACAGUCUCCGGCGUUGAUCUAAACCAUGGAGAUAUCGCCGGCCAUCUCCCUGAAGAGCUUGGCCUCCUUACAGACAUUGCUUUGUUCCACGUCAACUCGAACCGGUUCUGUGGGACCCUCCCACUCGGGUUUUCUCAGCUGAGUCUCUUGUUUGAACUCGAUCUCAGCAAUAACCGGUUUGCUGGUAAAUUCCCCGAAGUGGUUAUCGGUUUACCGAAAUUAAAGUACCUUGAUCUCCGGUACAACGAAUUCGAAGGGGGGUUACCAGAUUCUCUAUUCGAAAAAGAUCUUGACGCUUUGUUUCUGAAUAGUAACCGGUUCACUAGUAAAAUCCCGGUUAACAUGGGGAAUUCUCCGGUAUCGGUUCUGGUUUUGGCGUCGAACCGGUUUGACGGGUGUAUACCGACGAGUUUCAGCAAGAUGGCUAAGACUCUGAACGAGAUCAUCCUGAUGGACAACGGUUUACAGUCUUGUCUACCAAAUGACAUGGGGCUGCUCAAAAACGUCACCGUUUUGGAUAUUAGUUAUAACUCGUUGGUUGGAGAAUUGCCCGAGUCAAUGGGACAGAUGGAGAGUCUAGAGGUGUUGAACGUGGAGCGUAACAUGUUCUCCGGUGUAAUACCGGAGGAGUUAUGUUUGCUUAAGAAUCUUAGAGAGUUCAGAUACGGGUCUAACUACUUCACUGGAGAACCACCUACGUGUCGUUAUCUAGAGACUUUUAAUAACACGAUGAACUGUCUCAAGGAUGUGAAACAGCAGAGGUCGAACAUGGAGUGUAAGGUGUUUUUGUCUAAGCCUGUAGAUUGUGACUCCUACAAGUGUAGUCCCGUCGCUUCUACGUGUCUUUGUCCAGCUCCUGGUUCUACUCCUCCACCUCGUAUAUCACCGUUUUCUCCACCAUCGGCGCCAUCACUUCCACCGGCGCCUCAGUCGUCUCCGAGUGCUUAA